UACUCAACAGUCUGCCUUAGAUAUUAUAACAAACAAACAGUAACGUCGAAGAGAUUUUAAGACUUGUGACUAAUUGUUGUGCAUUUAAUUUUGUCCAUAAUUGAUAACAGCUGUGAUACUUGUGAUAAUUUGUAGUUUAACAAUAUGCCGAAAUAUAAGCUAAGAAGAGCUGGGGAAGACAGCCGUGUACACAAAGGCAAAUGUGCUUCUGUAAUUAAUUUUGAUAUAACUGAGCAAUGUAUCGAUGAAGACGUUCCUAUCAACUGUGAUUCAUAUGUGGACUAUCAAGCAGAAGAUACCGGGAAAGUGGAUCAAAUAGAUACAAGAACCUUCGAUGAGAUUAUGUCUAGUGCAUUUGAUGAAUGCACCAGCAAAUCAUAUCAGAUUCGCUCCGACGCUUUAACCACCGUUUGUACUCAACUGCAACUGACACACAAUCCAGAUUUCUUGAAGAAAAACCAUGACAGACUGUCGACGAUUUUGAAAAGUUCACUGGAAAGCAACGUACCAUGUGAAAUUGAUGCAGCGGCUAGUGUUAUAUCUUUAGCCGCCAUUCAAAUGCCCGAUAAUAAUCGUUUCUAUCAAACCUUCCAUAAGUCGUUGAAGGAUAUCUUAAGUAAUUGCGAAUAUCAAAAAUCGUCCACUCGAUUUGCGGUUUUCCAUGCAAUUGGAAUCCUCACGUUUUUACAUGAAACAAAUGGCUAUCGGAUCGCGAAGACGAUGUGCGAAUUUAAAGAUAUUUUUGCACACAAAGCUGAUUACGACAACAAUGCUAAGAAAACGAAUCUCGAGGCGAAAGUAGCUGCAUUGGAGACUUGGACAUUUAUGAUGACACUGAUACCUCCCGGUUGUGACAUAAAACCAGUUUUCCAGCAAUAUUCUGUUGGAAAUUUCUUAACUCUUCUGGAAUAUCGUUCCGAUGUUAUGCGUACAACUUGUGCCAAAGCAAUUGCGAUGAUAAUUGAAUGUGGAGUUGAACAGGACACAUAUUGCCUUGAGUCAGAGUUACCACGAAUUUUGGAUCAGAUCAAAUCACCGGUGGAAGUGCGUCAUUAUCUUGAGAAUGGAAUAGCUCCGAGGCGAGAACUAAGAAAUGGAAAUAACCCACUGAUCUUAGACAAUUGGGCUUCGAUUGUCCAAUAUGAUAUGUUGUGCAAUGUUAUUGGACCAGCGAACGUUAUCAAGCAUAUAGCUAAAAAUAAAAAGUUGUUGGCGAAAUUGGACGUGGCGCGAUCGACUAAAAGGACUACCUAUUCACCAACAUCGAAAGGGGCUCAUCAAUCUAUUCCAUCUAAACAACCCGUUAUCUCCCCAUCCACUCCAGUACGGACGAUGGAAUAUGACUCUGACAAAAUUUUGAAGUUUCUGCAUCUUGCCACAAACAAAUCGUCCGAAGAACGAGUCAAGGCGCUUGAAGAGAUUUGCAAAGAAUGCCAUUCCGUUCCGCAAACUUUCUUGGCCGAUCACGAAAGUGUCCUUCUCGACAUCAUUGUCAAAGCAAUGAAACGUGGCAAUGAGCCAGAGCAAUUAGCGGCUGUACGAUUGGCAACAUUGACCGUUUUUCAAUUGGGUCGUACCGAACGCUUCUGCUCGGAAAUCUCGAAUUUAUUUUUGAAUAUUUUGAGGCGUUUGUCGUCAUCGAAUUCGACAAAUGCAUCGAUCUGUUCAGCGUUGGCAUUCAUCGAAUUAAUGGAUAAUGAGAACAGUGACAGCACGUUCUUAGAACCUGCAAUGAGCCUCUUCCGACAAAUUUUUGCCGGAAAUCACUCGAACAGGAAGACUAUGAACAAAGACAGUGCAGAGGAGUUGCCAAUUACGUUGCGUACAAAAGCACUAGAAGCAUGGACUCUACUUCUUACAUUGUGUUCUCCUGAGGAUGUAUGUUCCACCAUAGACAGUCAACAGAUUAAGGAAUUAACCGACUUAAUGCUGCAAAAUCCGACAGUUGAGUUCCGGAUAGCUUGCGGUCAAGUCAUUUCGCUAAUAGUUGAACGAGGGCGCAUCAGCGAAUGUGAUUACCUUAAAUCUGACAUUCUGGAUAUUUGCUGUACCAUCAAGGAUAUCAUUAACGAUCGAAAGAACACCACUGGUGAUAAACGUAUCUUCCAGAACACAAACCUGCGCGAAGUGCUCAAAUACUUGGAGGAUGGACAUCAACCAUCAUUUCGGUUGCAGUUCGCCAACGAGCUACAUGAAUUGAAAACUUGGUCAUCCAUCAUCAAACAUCACAAGCUUUCACAAUUCAUUGGUCCAAAUUUAGCGACGUAUUUCUUAGAAAAUGAUCGAAUCCGUGGAAUUAUACCCAUCGGUCUGCGGCCUUCGGUCCAUAUGUUCUCACUGUCGCAGAACACACAGCACAAACUUAGCCAGGCUGCACAGAAGAAAUCGAAAACGAAAGAAAAUCGAUUGAACAGCAAAACACCAAAAUAUGAUUGCUUGUGAAAGGCGUUGUAGACUUGCAAAAUGUAACCAUUUUUAUAUCAAUUUUUAAGUCACCAACAAUAAAAUGUGAACACAACAAAUUUUCAAAAUU